AUGUCCGGCGAUCCCUUGAGCCGCCGCCUCAAUGCAGAUAAGAUGCGUGGGGAUAGAGAUGGGACCAGCGAAUCUCGAUCAUCGAGUAUAAGACCCGGCAAGACACAGUACAGGCUUAUUGAAUACGUCGAAGACCUCGACGGAUACAGGCCCGGUGGAUAUCAUCCUUUGAGUAUCGGGGACGACCUUGAUGAGGGCCGAUAUCAACUGCUAGCCCGUGACCUACAGGUGGCUAGAUACGUAGCGGUGAAGGUCAUUACCGCUGAUGCCAGUAUCUAUGCGCCUGAGGCUAGUCUUCUAUGUUCUCUUGCAAAAUCACCAGCUAGACCAGGAAGCGAAACUAUUCCACCCCUCAUCGAACAAUUCUGGGCUGUCGGUCCCAAUGGGAAGCAUAGGUGUAUCGUUACUCUGCCGGCACGAAUGAGCCUAUUUGAUGCAAAAGAGGCUUCGACUUUCGGUCUUUUUCGGCCUAAGGUCGCGCAGUCGAUUAUUGCCCAACUCAUCCGCGGAGUCGCAUUUCUUCACGGUGAACAUAUUGUACACGGGGAUCUUCAUCUAGGCAAUAUUUUAGUCCAGUUUCCUAAAGUGAUCGAUCAUUUUCCUACGUCAGAGUUAUACGAGAGAUUCGGAGAGCCGGAGUCAGAGGCUGUUAUCCGUGUUGAUGGCAAGCCAUUGUCGAAUGGCGUACCCGCAAAUGUGUACGUUCCCGCUUGGUUUGGUGCUCGCAGCGAUGAUAUUGCUUUAGGAGAGGAGAGGAUCAUCCUUACCGACUUUGGAGAAUCUUUUAAUCCACAUGAAACCCUCAGGUUCUCCUCAAAGACCCUUCCUCUCCUCCAGCCACCUGAAGCCAGGUUCUCUGACGAGCCUCUCUCCUUUGCCUCUGACAUUUGGACACUUGCCUGUACUAUCUGGGAGAUUUUUGGCCUACGGCCUUUGUUUGAGGCUUUUUACCCUACUGCAGACCGCUGGUGGAAAAAGUGGAGUAGAAGGCUGGAAUGGUUCAACGAGGAGGGCGAGUUGGAUUUGAAACCAGAUGUGUCUAGGGGUCACGACAGCAUGCGCAGGACCUAG